AUGGAGAAUGUCACCACAGUGAAUGAAUUUCUUUUACUUGGCCUGACCAGUGUUCAAGAGCUGCAGCCUUUCUUCUUUGUGAUUUUCUUAAUCAUUUACCUGAUAAACUUGAUUGGAAAUGGAGCUAUAUUAGUAAUGAUUGUUUUGGAACCAAAACUCCACUCUCCUAUGUAUUUUUUUCUGGGAAACCUUUCUUGUCUGGAUAUUUGCUAUUCUUCGGUGACACUGCCCAAGGUCCUUGUAAACCUUGUCUCCACUCGCAGGGCCAUAUCUUUCCUAGGCUGCAUCACUCAACUGCACUUCUUCCACUUCCUGGGAAGCACGGAGGCCAUUUUACUGGCGGUCAUGGCCUUUGACCGUUUUGUUGCCAUCUGUAACCCACUUCGCUAUCCCGUCGUCAUGCGCCCCCAGGUGUGUAUUCUGUUGGCAGCUGUGGUCUGGCUUACCAGCUUCCUUUACGCUCUGAUGCAUUCUGUUACGACUGCACGCCUCAAUUUUUGCCACUCUCAGAAACUCAAUCACUUCUUUUGUGAUGUCAAGCCCCUCUUGCAACUGGCCUGUGAUAACACGCUGCUCAAUCAAUGGCUUCUGUCUGUUGUCACAGGCAGCAUAUCCAUGGGAGCUUUUUUCCUGACUCUUCUCUCCUACUGUUAUAUUAUUGGUUUCCUACUGUUCAAGAACAAGUCCUGCAGAACACUCCACAAGGCUCUGUCCACUUGUGCCUCCCACUUUAUGGUGGUCUGUCUUUUCUAUGGACCUGUGGGCUUCACAUACACUCGUCCUGCCUCAGCCACCUCCGCGAUUCCAGACCGGAUGGUGGCCAUCAUGUAUAGUGCUGUCACCCCAGUCCUGAAUCCACUGAUAUACACCCUUAGGAACAAAGAAGUGUUGUUGACUCUGAAGAAAAUGUUUGGGAGGAAGUUUUAAAGACUUCCAGCAGCACCACUAGCACAAGUGAGACAUGUCUGAUUUCCAUUAUGAAUGACUUCUGUCACUUCACUGUAAUAAAUGAUUACUUUAUUUGGUUGUCAUUUUUCUUUCAACAAUUUUGAGUAUAUAUCAGGCAGUGUACUAGAUUCAAGAAACA